UCCUCCUCUCUCCUUAUCGUACUUGCACGCCGCAGGCCCUGUUGUGUAACCCGACCCACACAGGCUCUUCACAAAGGCGACGCCUCGCCCCUGCUCUCUCCCUCCCGCAGCUUGGGCACAGCGAGAGCUCGAGAGAGGCUGAAGCCCAUUGGCUCGCUCCUCGCGUCCGCCCUGGCAAGACGGCGAAGUUCCGCUCCGGGAAGUUUCAAAGGCACAGGCGCAAUCCGUAUUUGCUAGAACUGUCUGGCUGAGGAUGUGGGUCCAUGCUCUUGGCUUCACAGCCUUGCCCCAUCUUGGUGGAUUCCUGGGCUGGUUCUUCACUCGGAAGGAAGUGCCCACGUGGUUUGAAGAUCUGAAGAAACCGUCAUGGCGUCCACCCAAUAAAAUGUUCCCAGUUGCUUGGACGACACUGUAUACAAGCAUGGGGUAUGCUUCAUAUUUGGUGUGGAAGGACCUUGAUGGCUUCAACAGUCAAGCAGUUGUCCCACUGGGCCUCUAUGGAGCUCAGCUUGCACUGAACUGGGCAUGGACUCCUAUAUUCUUUGGAGCUCAUAACCUAAAGCUGGCCCUGAUCGACAUUGUGGGUCUUUAUGGGUUAGUGCUGGCCACGAUGUAUUCCUGGUACCCUAUUAACAAAACAGCAACACUGCUGAUGCUGCCUUACCUUGCCUGGCUGACCUUAGCUUCUUCUCUUACCUACCGUAUCUGGAAAGACAAUCCUGAAAAGGGAAAGAAGAAAGAAUAAGGAAGGAACUGGGGAAAUGGACAUAUUUGGCGAAACCCUUUGACACUGAGAUCUGGUACUAUGAAGGAAGAUAAUUUAACUGGCACAAAAGCAUUUAGCAUUUAAGGGUUGGGAGAUGGGGAAUCCUUUACGAAAUGCAAUGGCACAUAUUAAGAAGACUGUUAUACAUUCUGAGUUUGAAAACCACAGUUCCCAUCCUCAUUCAAAGCACUAUUUUAUACAUGUUUACUCAGAGAAGUCUCACUGAAUUAAUUGAAGCCUUAGUAUUCUAAUGAGACGAUGUUGUCAGGUAACAUUUAUAUAGAUAAGCCCUUCUUAAAAUUUUGUUUUGUUUUGUUUCACUGAAUUGUAGUUAGACUACUUCAGAAAAAUCUGGAGGCGCACUAGACUCAUUAAGAGUUGAACACCCAUAUAUGUGUUGUACUAAUGAGGAUUGCUUCACACAUUCUUGCUUUUUAGGUGCAUACAUUAUUUUUCCUCUCCCAUUUCCUCCCCUCUUCAUUCUUUUCCCCAAGUGCCAUAAUUUAGAUUGUAACACAUUGGGGCAAGGACAUAUUUUUUUUGUUGGCUUCAUUCCAAUAGCAUAUAAACAGUGCAAUCCUACAUAUGUCUAUUUGCGAGUAAGCUUUAUUGAAUUCAGUAGGGCCUACUCCCAGGAAAGUGUGUACAGGACUAAGGUGCAAGUCUUUCUACACCUAAACAUGUAAAGUGUGGAUGUUUAAGCACUGGUUUUGGCGUUUUUUUGUGGAGUUGGGAAUAGCCUCAGGCACUCUAUUAGGUGGAUACUCAGUGGCAUAGCUGGGUGAAUGUAUGAAAAGGCUCAGAUGCUGGGAAUGGAACAGGAAUUAUUUUCACCCGACAGGAGGGUUUGCUCUGUUUUUCCAAGUCAGUUAUUACAUGGGCAGAUGGUUACACAUGAAUGCACCAUGAUGAGCUAUUUCACAAGCUGUGUUUUCAUUUGUUUAAAGAAAAGGAAUUCAGUUCUAGUGCUGGGGACAGAACCGAGCAAUGCUGGAAAUGGGUCCCCCAAAAGUUAUAGUAUAAUAUAUUUGCUUUUGCUGCUUGAGAUUAACAUGGCCAGCCAUUUGGAAAUAGAUUUAAUAAGUUGUGGGGCGGGGUUUAAGUGGGGGAGCUGCUAUUAUUGCUUAUUUCUCCCAGUAGCCCUUGGUGCAACCUGAAAUCUGUUUAGCAUCCAGCAGAGGCUUACUUAAUGAAGUUUGCCCAAUACCCUCUUAACACUGCUACAAACUGCAGACUUUGGGGCUUUGACAUCAUAUUCUGCUUUUUCUCCCCUUUGCAUUGUUUUGUUGAACAUCCAGCCUGACUAAGUGUUUCAGGCAGUGUAUUUUUCUAGAAGAGGCACCAGAACUCACCAUGAAUGGCUCCUUUGUUCCCUUAUAAUGGCAAUGACACCCACCUGAGAGGCGCCGGAACUGAGUUCCGGCAAGUUCCGGCUGGAAAAAAACCGUUUCUGGGGAACAUCAGCUUGCUCAUGACUUUGUGAAUUUUGCUUUGUCCUAAUAAAGGUAUUGUCCUACUGUG